CCAAGUCCCAUCUCCCCCCAUAGGGAAGGUCAGUAAGUUUCCCCCCCAACAUUGAGCGCACGAGAGAGAGAGUUUCUGAUUCCUCCAAGGGCCAGACGGCAACUUCAAAUAGGUUUUGAUGGAGGAUGGAGCAAGCCCGCGUAUGAAGCACGGACUAAUGGUUUAACAAUCGGCACCAUCAAAAGUGGAAGGAGAGAAAGAGAAAGAGAGAGGAGGAGACGACCCAAAUUCAAUUCAGAGUCCAACCUUCCAAGUUUGUCAACUCUAUACCCUCUCGGAGAGAGGAGAUGGAGAGAGAGACGAUGCCAAAGAGCAGCUUUCGGGUGGAGCAAGAUCCUGAAGCUUUUCGAAGCGGUGGCGUUCGGAAGAACCUGGACGAUGAUGGCAGAGCCAAGCGAACCGGUACGGUGGUCACGGCGAGCUCGCAUAUAAUAACGGCGGUGAUCGGGUCCGGAGUGCUGUCGUUGGCGUGGGCCAUCGCGCAGCUGGGGUGGGUGGCGGGGCCGGCGGUCCUCAUGGCCUUCUCCUUCAUCACCUACUUCACCUCCACCCUCCUCGCCGACUCGUACCGGUCGCCGGACCCCGUCACCGGGAAGAGGAACUACACUUACAUGGACGUCGUGAGAGCCCACUUAGGAGGUAGAAAGGUUCAGCUAUGUGGGUUGGCUCAAUAUGGGAACCUCGUCGGCGUCACAAUUGGCUACACCAUCACCGCAUCUAUCAGCAUGGUGGCGGUGAAGAGGUCGAACUGCUUCCACAGAAACGGGCACCACGCGAAGUGCCUAACAUCGAACUAUCCCUUCAUGACCAUAUUCGCGUGCAUCCAGAUCGUCCUCAGCCAAAUCCCGAACUUCCACAAGCUCUCUUGGCUCUCCAUUGUCGCCGCCGUCAUGUCCUUCGCUUACUCCUCCAUCGGCGUCGGGCUCUCCAUCGCCAAAGUCACAGGUGGGGGAGAUCACGUGCGGACGACCCUGACGGGGACGACGGUGGGAGUGGACGUGUCGGGAUCGGACAAGGUGUGGAGAGUCUUCCAAGCCGUCGGCAACAUCGCUUUCGCCUACGCUUACUCCACCAUCCUCGUCGAGAUCCAGGACACAUUGAAAUCAAUCCCGCCGGAGAAUGAAGUCAUGAAAAGGGCUUCGCUAGUCGGCAUCAUGACUACAACUUUGUUCUAUGUGCUCUGCGGCUGCAUUGGUUACGCGGCCUUCGGAAACGCUGCACCGGGGAAUUUCCUCACCGGCUUCGGAUUCUAUGAGCCGUUCUGGCUCAUCGACUUCGCUAAUGUCUGCAUCGCAGUCCAUUUGAUCGGUGCUUACCAGGUCUUUUGUCAGCCCCUCUUCGGAUUCGUCGAGAACUGGUGCUCCAAGCGCUGGCCUAACAACACUGUCAUAACGAGGGAAAUUCCGGUCGACAUCCCCGGCUCCGGCGUCUACCACAUCAAUCUCUUCAGGCUUGUAUGGAGGACCGCGUACGUCAUCGUCACCACGGUCAUAGCCAUGAUAUUCCCAUUCUUCAACGACUUCCUGGGGCUGAUCGGAGCCGCCUCGUUCUGGCCGCUGACCGUCUACUUCCCGGUGGAGAUGUACAUAGCGCGGUCGAAGAUGCACAAGUUCUCCUUCACGUGGACGUGGCUGAAGAUACUGAGCUGGGCUUGCCUGGUCGUGUCGCUCGUCGCGGCUGCCGGUUCAGUCCAGGGACUGAUCCAAGAUCUCAAGACCUACAAGCCCUUCAAGACACAGUAAGAGUAGCACAAAGCCCUAAUGCCCCAUUACCUAGUUGGAAGCAAAAUAUUGUUGUGAAAAGCUCUUCGACCGGGCAAAUGGUUCAAAUGAGUGUAAGCUGGUGCAACAUAAGUUGCUGAGAAUAAACAUUUUCCAUAUAAGGACUGGGAAGAUAGCUCAUGCUAGCGAGGUUAAUUUACUUGCUAAGUAUUUUUGGAAA